AUGUCGUUCUCUGAAGGAAUAUAUAAUUCGACGCUCACUGGGAAUCUCUCCUCUUACAACUACACAGACAGUGGAUUCAGCAUGGAGUGGGGAGCACCUUCCGUCGUGUCAAUGUUCAUCAACAUCCUCACCGUCCUACUUGGCGUCCCGGGCAAUGGAGCCGUCAUCUGGGUGACGGGCUUCAAAAUGGAGAGUAAGGCCCACACUGUGUGCUUCAUGAAACUGGCCGUGGCUGACCUGAUGUAUUGCCUGCUUCUCCCCUUACUCAUGGUCGGCAUCGCUAAGUACAUUGACAAUAUCGUUUCGAUAAUAUGUAAUACAAUUAUGCUCCUGACCACUUUUGCCAGCAUAUAUCUGUUAUGUCUGAUCAGCCUCUAUCGCUGCCUGGCUAUUACACGGCCCAUCUGGUUCCAGCAACAUCUGCGCCUCGUUUGGGUACGUGCGACCUGCUUCGUGGUCUGGGUCAUAACCAUCCUUCAGUUUCCUUUCAGUACUAUGCAAAUUUUGGGUGCCUUCAGCUUCGGUCUCCCCUUUGUGAUUAUGGUUAUUAGUUACGCCGUCGUUGGCUGGAGGCUGCACGGGGAGAGGUUCGUUAAGUCCAGGAAGCCCAUAGGCCUGCUCGUGAACGCGGUCGCCGCCUUUGUGAUCUGCUGGCUCCCCUUCAGUGUCUGCCUCCUCCUACCAAACGACGUCGUUGUUGCUGGGGACUGGUUCGAUUUCACUCAUGCCCUGGCCUCAUUCAACAGCGCCCUCAACCCCCUCAUCUACGUCUUCGCCGGCAACGAUUUCCGUCAGGUGUUUAGGCGCUCCCUGUUUGCUUCGCUCCGGCUGGCCUUCGCCGAGCAUGAGCUACAGCGUGAGACUUCGAACCGCAUUUCCACCUCAAAUACGAAUGUCUGA